AUGGGAAUCGAUAGAGUGGAUUUUAAUUCGAGCAGUUUCCUUUGCAGCCGCACGCCGGGCAGCCGACAGCCGUCGCCGGCCGAAGAGGAGCUGAGCAAAAACGGCAUGGGCCUCGACCCGGCCGCGCUGGCCGUGCUGAAGCAACAACAACAACAGCCGGUCGAGCAGCCGUUGCAGGCGCACCACUUGCACCAUCUGCCGCCCCAUCUGGCGCCCCAUUUGGGCGUCACGCUCGCCGAAUCGGUCAACCAGCAAUUCGAGCACUUCGCCGCCGAGCAACAACAGCAACAGCAGCAGCAGCAGCAACAACAGCAGUCGGCGAAUCCGUACGAUCAGCAGCACGGCUACGCGCCGCAGCAUCCGCAACAGCACCAGCCGCACCAGGUGGACAGCGCCGUUUUGCAGCAGCAACAGCAUAAUUUCGAUGUACAGUCGGGGGGUGGGUACGCUGAGGUGACGGCUCUUCAAAACCAUCCCCUAGAUCAAGGGGGGUUGCUGCGCCCAUUGGGCUGGGCCGCACCUUGGAAAACAACCCAGGGCGUGUUGCCGGACUCGCCCUUUCCGGCUACUAAAUAUCAUCCUUCCCGGGGGGGUUUGUUAGUAAAUAUAAAUGGGAUAGUUGAAACGGCUCUUCGGAUCCUCUUCCAAAAGGGGUUGGAGAUAAUUAAAUGA